UAUUUAUUGUGAUGCUGCUCAAGGUGACUAGGAAGCUGUGCAAGAAAGAAUUUUGGACCAGUGGUGGCUCCGUGUCAGGCAGAAGCUGCCCUUGAAGGAGAAAUCCAAGUGACAGCGUUUAAUGAAAUGGCUUGACUGAGGUCGAAUUCACCAAGCUAUGGUAACAUCGCUCAAUGAAGAUAAUGAAAGUGUAACUGUUGAAUGGAUUGAAAAUGGAGAUACUAAAGGCAAAGAGAUUGAUUUGGAGAGCAUAUUUUCACUUAACCCAGAUCUUGCACCUGAUGAAGAUAUUGAGCCUGGUCCAGAAACAGCACCACCACCUACUCCACCAGCCAAAGUAAACAAAAUUGUGAAGAGUCGACGAUAUACAGCAGCUGUUAAGAAUGAUGUCCCUGCCAGAGAUAACAGAGUGGUUGGUUCUGCACGUGCGCGACCUACUCAGCUUCCCGAGCAGCCUUCUUCCUCUCAACAGAAUGGUAUUGUUUCAGAUAUAUCUCCAGUUCAAGCUGCAAAAAAGGAAUUUGGACCCCCUUCACGUAGGAAAUCUAACUGUGUAAAAGAGGUUGAAAAAUUGCAAGAGAAGCGUGAAAAAAGAAGGUUACAGCAGCAGGAACUUAGAGAAAAAAGAGCUCAGGAUGUUGAUGCUACAAACCCAAAUUAUGAAAUUAUGUGUAUGAUAAGAGAUUUCAGGGGAAGUUUGGAUUAUAGACCACUGACAACUGCAGAUCCUAUUGAUGAGCACAGGAUAUGUGUUUGUGUACGAAAACGACCACUCAAUAGAAAAGAAACUUUAAUGAAAGACCUUGAUGUAAUAACAAUUCCUAGUAAAGAUGUUGUGAUGGUACACGAACCAAAACAAAAGGUGGAUUUAACAAGGUACCUAGAAAACCAAACUUUUCGUUUUGAUUAUGCCUUUGAUGACACGGCUCCUAAUGAAAUGGUUUACAGGUUUACAGCUCGACCAUUAGUGGAGACCAUAUUUGAAAGGGGAAUGGCCACUUGUUUUGCAUAUGGGCAAACAGGGAGUGGAAAAACCCAUACUAUGGGUGGUGACUUUUCAGGAAAGAACCAGGAUUGUUCUAAAGGAAUAUAUGCACUUGCAGCUCGGGAUGUCUUUUUAAUGCUAAAGAAACCAAACUAUAAGAAGUUAGAACUUCAAGUAUAUGCAACAUUUUUUGAGAUAUACAGUGGUAAGGUUUUUGACUUGUUGAACAGGAAGACAAAAUUAAGAGUGUUAGAAGAUGGUAAACAGCAAGUCCAGGUGGUGGGAUUACAGGAACGGGAAGUCAAAUGUGUUGAAGAUGUUCUUAAGCUUAUUGAAAUAGGCAACAGCUGCAGGACAUCUGGCCAGACAUCUGCAAAUGCACACUCAUCUCGAAGCCAUGCAGUGUUUCAGAUUAUUCUCAGAAGGAAAGGGAAAUUGCACGGUAAAUUUUCUCUGAUUGAUUUGGCUGGCAAUGAAAGAGGAGCAGAUACUUCCAGCGCAGAUAGGCAGACACGACUGGAAGGUGCGGAAAUUAACAAGAGCCUUUUAGCACUCAAGGAGUGCAUUAGAGCCUUAGGCCGAAAUAAACCUCAUACACCCUUCAGAGCAAGUAAACUUACUCAGGUGCUAAGAGAUUCAUUCAUAGGAGAAAACUCCCGUACCUGUAUGAUCGCUACAAUUUCUCCAGGGAUGGCAUCAUGUGAAAACACUCUAAAUACACUGAGAUACGCAAAUAGAGUAAAGGAAUUUGGAAUUAGUCCUUCGGACAUUCCCUUCUCACAGGGUAGUGGCAGUCGCUCAGAUCUCUCUCCUUCCUAUGAGUAUGACGACUUUUCUCCUUCAAUCACCAGGGUGAAGGAACUGACGGUCGAUCCUAGUGCUGCAGGAGAUAUCCGUCCCACUGUACACCAUGCUUCCAAUCAGAUAGACGACCUGGAAACACAGUGGGGCGUGGGGAGCUCUCCUCAGAGAGAUGAUCUCAAACUGCUUUGUGAACAAAAUGAAGAGGAAGUUUCUCCGCAGUUGUUUACUUUCCAUGAAGCUGUGUCACAAAUGGUAGAAAUGGAAGAGCAAGUAGUAGAAGGCCACAGGGCUGUCUUCCAGGAAACUAUUAGAUGGCUGGAAGAUGAGAAAGCUCUUAUUGAGAUGACAGAAGAAGUAGACUAUGAUGUGGAUUCUUACGCUACCCAACUUGAAGCAAUUCUAGAGCAAAAACUUGACAUUCUGACAGAACUCAGAGAUAAAGUGAAAUCUUUCCGGGCAGCUCUACAAGAGGAGGAACAGGCCAGUAAACAGAUCAACCCGAAAAGACCACGUGCCCUUUGAAAUGGGCCUUUGCUGCUAAAAGAAUCCACGAACCCAUACUGCUGUAGCACACAUUUGUUACAAAACCCAGUGGCCGUAAGAACUCAACUACUUGAAAGUGUAAAAAUGUUAGAAAUGUCUGUGGAAAUGUCCUGUUUCUUAUUCCUGAAUGGCAUUUUCAGUUUUGUGUGAAAUGCUCCUAUGUCUACAAAAUGCUUCUAGACCAGACAGCACAACCAUGCGGGUUUGGAAAUAGUUGCCAUGUUUUACAUAAUGAAGUAAAACUGUGGCCAUUAAAAGGUCACAGUAUAUCCUUUUGUUCAGUUCUGUUCAGUUUUUAUUACAAAGACCAGCUGUGCUGUUUUAAAUUGUGUUUGCGUGCAUGCACACCUCACUAGUGGUUGUACAUAACUUCUCCUCUACCGACAGCUGUGCUUACCUCUUCCCAUUCUGUGCCUUGAUGAAGGCUACGUAACCCUAAACAUCCUUUCUGAAGCACAGUGUUAAUAAAACAACAUUCCUUAUUUGUCAAGAUAAAUUACUUUUAGUAUGUGUACAUUUUUAAUGUGUUGAGACCUCAUUUUUGGUGGCUAGUUUAAUCUCACAAGGAUGUGCCAUAUCAUUGAGCAGGAACUGCAAGAGCUGUUAAGAGUGGACAAACAGCUGGACACUGCAUCCUCCUUAUCUAGAUUUAUUUGACUACCAUAAGGAAUGGUUAUAUAAUUUUACCAUUUUUCUCUGUAAUUAAAAAGAAAAAAAAGAAAAAAAAAAAAGAAAAAAACAAAGAAAAAAACGAAAAAAUACAAACUAGUUGAUGUAUAAUAAAGGGUAAUGUUGAAGUACUGAGGAGAAUUGUAUCUUAGGAUAAUGCAGAUAUACAGUAUGUGGUAUGGUGUGAUAAUGCUGUCAAAGUAAAGGUACGAACUGACCUCUGCAUAUGUAUAGAAUAACUGUAAAAGUUUGGGGAUAAAACUAAAUACUUAAUGGCCUUUCAUAUACUGUUAAAAUUUGGCUUUUGAUGCAUGACACACUUACAUGUACAUUAACAGUAGCUUGCAGGUAGUUUAAGUAGCUCUGUUGCUUU